CUACUACAUCAUUGAUUUUUCUGUACAAGGGUGCAACUGCAAUGGAGGGCCUGAAAACUAAGUUGAUAGUUAUAUGCAUCUUAAGGGUCUUGUCCAUGUGCAACCAGAGUUUAGGCAUCCCUGGUGAAUACUCCAUCAUGGGUUACGAUUUUGUGGGAUAUGAUCUUGAUGACAUAGAAGAGGGAGUUGCGUUAAUCUUCGAACGAUGGACAGAGAAACAUGGCAAGGUCUAUACAAGCACAGAAGAGAAGGAUAGGAGAUUCAAGAUCUUUCAGAGCAACCUAGCCUACAUCAUCAACUGGAACUCCAAGAGAAGUCCAACUGAUCACACUAUGGGACUCAACCAAUUUUCAGACAUGAGUUUCGAGGAGUUCAGUAAUGUUCGUCUUUCCAGUGUCAAUCCCACAGAGAGCCUGUUGGAGACUAUUUCAAAGGGAGUGAAGACGACAUGUACACAUCCAUCAUCGUUUGAUUGGAGGAGCCAGGGAGUUGUAACCCCAGUUAAAAAUCAAGGAGCUUGCGGGAGUUGUUGGGCAUUCUCUGCAACGGGAGCCAUUGAGGGAAUAAAUGCCAUAGUCACAGGAAAUCUUACAAGCCUCUCAGAACAAGAACUCGUGGACUGUGACAAAACCAGCUAUGGUUGUAAUGGAGGUUGGACGAAUAAAGCAUUUCAGUGGGUCAUCGAUAAUGGCGGUAUAGCCACUGAAUCCCAAUACUCUUAUACUGCCAAAGAUGGAGUUUGCAACAGCAGUGCGGUGAAAGCAGUAAAGAUCGAUGGGUAUCAAUGGGCUGGCAGAGAUGAGGAAUCCCUCCUUUGUGCAGUCACUCAACAACCAGUCAGUGUAUCAAUUUUGGUUGUACAGGAUUUUUAUCAAUACACAAGUGGGAUCUACAGUGGAAAAAGUUGCCCAACAGACCAACCAGGAAAUGUAAAUCAUGCAGUUUUGAUAGUGGGUUAUGGAACCUCGGCAGAUGGAAUAGAUUACUGGGUUGUGAAGAACUCAUGGGGACCUUCCUGGGGGAAGUUGGGUGGAUACGUGUUGAUUCAGAGAAACUCUGGAUUGAUAUAUGGAGUAUGUAACAUAAAUGCUUGGCCUGUCUAUCCCACCAAAAAUUCCAUUUAAUCACCCAACUUAAGGCAAGAAGAAAUAGUGCCCCAAUCUUUGAUUACUGUUGUAAUGUUGUUAGUGCAGCUUCCUGCUUUCCUUAAUUCCUUUGUUUGACAUUCUGAUUGAAGAAAGGAAAUUAAAGCAGGGCUUUUGUGAAUAAGUUUUGCACUAGAAAAUCUGCUGUUUCACACCAUUUGAUUGUUGUUCUAGAAUGCAACAAUAAUUGUAAUUUGUGAUCUUU